GGCGGGGGCGGUGCGUUCAAGAUGGCGGCGGCGGGGCCCGGUCCCGGGAGCGGCGCCGGAGCGGCCGGGGGGACCCGCGGCGGCCGCCACUGAGCCCGGCCGCACCCCCCGGCACCGGCCGGGAGCCUUCGGUGACGCUCGGCUCCAGCCCCGCUGUCCCCGGCACCUGGCCCAGGGAUUCCCGCGGGAGGCGGCGAUGUCGGACAAGGGUGGCACCAUGGACGGCAGGACGGACAUUGUCAACGGCAGCCUGUCCAGCAGCCCCGAGGACAUGUCUGCCGAGGAGGGCCGCGAGACGUCCUCGGGGAUCGAGGUGGAGGCGUCCGACCUGAGCCUGAGCCUGACGGGCGACGACGCCGGGGCCGCGCGGGGCCGCACCAGCGACAGCGACAGCUCCGGGGACAAGGACAGCGACAGCAUGGACGACACCGGCCACUACUCCAUCCCCGAGGAGCCGCGGCACGGCCAGGACGAGGAGGAGGAGGAGGAGGAGGAGGAGGAAGAGCCCCGUGCCCGGCGCAGGGCGCCCCGCAAGCGGCCAACGCACGAGCGCGACUCGUCCGACGAGGAGCAGGCGCUGGAGGACUGGGUGGCCUCGGAGACGUGGGCGCUGCCGCGGCCGCGCUGGCGGGCGAUCCCGGCGCUGCGGCAGCGCCAGCUGGGCGGCUGCUCGCGCUUCGUGGCGCAGGCCUGCGGCGCCCGGCUCUUCGUGCAGAAGUUCCGGCUGCAGCACGGCCUGGAGGGCCACACGGGCUGCGUCAACACGCUGCACUUCAACCAGCGCGGCACCCGCCUGGCCAGCGGCAGCGACGACCUCAAGGUGCUGGUGUGGGACUGGCUGCGGCGCCGGCCCGUGCUGCAGUUCGACAGCGGGCACAAGAGCAACGUCUUCCAGGCCAAGUUCCUGCCCAACAGUGGUGACUCCACGCUGGCCAUGUGUGCCCGGGACGGGCAGGUGCGCGUGGCCGAGCUCUCGGCCACCCAGUGCUGCCGCAGCACCAAGCGCGUGGCCCAGCACAAGGGGGCUUCCCACAAGCUGGCGCUGGAGCCGGACUCGCCCUGCACGUUCCUGUCGGCGGGGGAGGACGCCGUGGUCUUCACCAUCGACCUGCGGCAGGACCGGCCCGCCUCGAAAUUGGUGGUGACGAAGGAGAAGGAGAAGAAGGUCGGGCUCUACACCAUCUUUGUCAACCCUGCCAACACCUCCCAGUUCGCUGUGGGCGGCCGCGACCAGUUCGUGAGGAUUUAUGACCAGAGGAAAAUCGAUGAGAACGAGAACAACGGAGUCCUGAAGAAGUUCUGCCCCCACCACCUGGUGAACUGUGAGUCCAAAGCCAACAUCACCUGCCUGGUCUACAGCCACGACGGCUCAGAGCUGCUGGCCUCGUACAACGACGAGGACAUUUACCUGUUCGACUCGGCGCACAGCGACGGCGCGCAGUACAGCCGGCGCUACAAGGGGCACCGCAACAACGCCACGGUGAAAGGGGUGAAUUUCUACGGCCCCAAGAGCGAGUUCGUGGUGAGCGGCAGCGACUGCGGCCACAUUUUCCUCUGGGAGAAAUCCUCCUGCCAGAUCGUGCAGUUCAUGGAGGGCGACAAGGGCGGCGUGGUGAACUGCCUGGAGCCGCACCCGCACCUGCCGGUGCUGGCCACCAGCGGGCUGGACCACGACGUCAAAAUCUGGGCCCCGACGGCCGAGGCGCCCACGGAGCUGCGCGGCCUCAAGGAGGUGAUGAAGAAGAACAAGGCGGAGCGGGACGAGGACAGCCUGCACCACACGGACAUGUUCGACAGCCACAUGCUCUGGUUCCUCAUGCACCACCUGCGCCAGCGCCGCCACCACCGGCGCCGCCGGGACCCCGGGGCCGAGUCCCCCUCGGACGACUCCGGGAGCUCCUCGGACACGUCGGACGAUGAGGAGGAGGGGCCGGACCGGGUGCAGUGCAUGCCCUCGUGAGCCCC